UCACGCACACAUUUGUCAUCGUUUUGACUUCGUUUCCUUUGAGUUUCUUUAGCUCAAACCAGAGCGAGCCACGCGGAAGGGAAGGGAAGGGAAGGGAAGGAUUUGCGUUCGAUCAGCUGUUGGUUUGUUGCUGUGGCUGAGCCAUGAGACCGGUCCAACCCCCGCCGGGCAGCCAACGGUCUCGCCGGCGGCCCGACCUCACCCUCCCCCUCCCCCAGCGCAACACCAACCUCGCCGUCCCCCUCCCCCUCCCUCCCCCCUCCUCCGCCCCCUCCUCCUCCGCCUCCGCCUCCGCCGCCCGCCCCCGCCAGCUCGACUUCUCCGAGCUCGACCGCCUCAGCCGGAUCGGCAGCGGCAACGGCGGCACCGUCUACAAGGUGGUCCACCGCCCCACCGGCCGCCUCUACGCCCUCAAGGUCAUCCACGGCGACAACUACGAGGAGUCCGUCGUCCGCCAGAUCCACCGCGAGGUCAUGAUCCUCCGCGACGUCGACGACCCCAACGUCGUCCGUUGCCACGACAUGUCCGACCGCCACGGCACCACCGCCGGCGAGAUCCACCUGCUCCUCGAGUACAUGGACGGCGGCUCCCUCCACGGCGCCCACAUAGGCGACGAGCACGGCCUCUCCGGCGUCACCCGCCAAAUCCUCAAGGGCCUCCAUUACCUGCACGCCCGCAAGAUCGUGCAUCGGGACAUAAAGCCCUCCAAUUUGCUGAUCAACUCGAGGAACCAGGUCAAGAUCGCCGAUUUCGGGGUGAGCCGAGUGCUGUCGCAGACCAUGGACGUGAAUUCCGCGGUGGGCACGAUCGCGUACAUGAGCCCCGAGAGGAUCGACACCGAUAUCAACAGGGGCUCCUACGACCCGUACGCGGGGGACAUAUGGAGCCUCGGGGUCAGCGUGCUGGAGGUCUACCUGGGCAGGUUCCCGUUCGGGGUGGCCGGCGACUGGUCCAGCCUCUUCUGCGCCAUAUGCAUGGCGGAGCCGCCGCAGGCGCCGCCCUCCGCGUCGCCGGAGCUCAGGCAUUUCGUGUCGUGCUGCUUGCAGAGGGACCCGGCGAGGAGGUGGACGGCGGAGAAGCUGCUGCAGCACCCGUUCGUCUCGCGGAACGGCGGCAACGACCAUCCCAAUCUGCAUCGGCUACUGCCUCCACCGCGCACGCUCUGAUAUCAAGACUUUAGAGGGGCGUCUGUCUUCCUCCAUUUUUUCUUCUUUGGGACAUUAAAAAUGUCGAAUUUGCUUGGUUUCUAUUACAAGUUUUGGAUUUGGGUGUCAGUGUAGAUUGUAGAGUUUCUGUUUUUAGAGGGGGGGAAGAAUCAUUGGGUAUCAUAAUCAAUUUGCUGGUUUUGAUAGGAUGACAACAUGUCCAGCGACAUUGCUUCAAGAGAAAAGAAGCAUGAAAAGUUCAGUUUUUUCCCCUUAAUUUCACAUAAUUUAGCUGUAAGCAUCAGGCUCGCAGAAUGAGUGACGCAUCUGUGGGGAGAUUUAUGGUGUAAUAUGGGAUUUUGAUGAAUUUUGGGCACGAUCCCAUGUAGAAUGUCUUUG